CCCGCACCAGCUUCGCCGAGUGGCCCCCCUCGAGGUGCCCGCCCCCCGCAUCCACGACCGACUACCUACAGCGGACCGUCGCCGAGCGCCCCGCACUCGUCCGGUUCGACAUCGGCUGGUACACCUAACGGACCCCCGAUCCCACCACCGCCGCGCACGAGUAGCAAGACACAGACUCCGACCGCAGCUACGCCCCCAGAGUCCCGCGCAGGUAAUUCUACACGCGGAGGAGGAGACGGUGCAAAUGAUCGAGAUCGGGAUAGGGAUCGCCGGAGAACGGAAGACGGUCGUACGCGUCAGGAUCAGCCCCCCGUUGGUCGUUCGAAUUCGACGCGUGGCACCUCCUCCUCGUCGCGAGGCAAUAGCAAUAGCGCGCCGCAACAGGGAGACCCAUCACGCUCCAACACGAGACGCAGACAGGAUUCUGAGUCGAGUGGUAACAAGCGAGGCAAUGGCGGCGGCAGCAGUAACCCCGUUAGCAGUAAUGGUGACGAGCAGUCGCAACAAACUUCCUCGAAUAGGCGCGCUCACACGAGAAAGGAGACUCGCUUCGGUGAGUAUAUCCUCGGACAAACUUUGGGCGAGGGAGAGUUUGGCAAGGUCAAGCUCGGAUGGAGGCGAGACGGUGGUGUACAGGUAGCGAUUAAGCUCAUACGACGAGACUCGAUCUCACCGCACCCAAAUCGCAUAUCUAAGAUAUAUCGCGAGAUUGCGAUCCUCCGCACGUUGUCGCACCCCAAUAUUGUCAGCCUCCGGGAAAUGGUCGAAACAGAACGCCACAUCGGAAUCAUUCUCGAAUAUGCGUCCGGUGGAGAAUUAUUUGAUUAUAUUCUCACCCACCGAUAUCUCAAAGAUCCACCGGCCUGUCGUCUGUUCGCGCAGCUGGUGUCAGGCGUUGGAUACUUGCAUAAAAAGGGAAUCGUGCAUCGAGACCUGAAACUUGAAAACCUCCUGUUGGACCGUAAUAGGAACAUCAUCAUUACGGAUUUUGGUUUUGCUAAUGUGUUCGAUCCCAAAGACGAGCUCGGGGACUUGGAAGACCGUCUCGACGAUCCGGUAAUCAUCAAGGAACUCGAGAAAGGUGUUCCCCACACCGACCGUACGCCGGAUGGGAGCAGUCUGUUGAGCAUAGUCGGACCCGGCCAGAUACGGAGACGGGGCGACCUGAUGGCUACCAGUUGUGGCAGCCCUUGCUACGCGGCACCAGAACUGGUUGUUAGUGACGGACUAUACACGGGCCGCAAGGUGGACGUCUGGUCGUGUGGUGUUAUCCUGUACGCGAUGCUGGCAGGAUACCUACCUUUCGAUGACGAUCCCGCGAAUCCCGAAGGCGACAAUAUAAAUUUGCUGUACAAGUACAUAGUAUCUACUUCGCUCACAUUCCCUGAAUACGUCACGCCUCAUGCGCGUGAUCUUCUGCGAAGGAUCCUAGUGCCGGAUCCACGUAGGAGAGCGGAUCUCUUCGAGGUUGCGCGACACAGUUGGUUGAGUCCGUUCGCCGACAUCGUCAAUAAGGUUACCAGCGCGACUACCGGAAUCAAGGAUGUUGAAACAAUCACUGUCCGAGAACCCAAGCCUGAGCCCCCCGUGCUUACCAGGUCAGCGUCUGUACGAGAACCAUCAUCCACAAGUCACCCGCAUGCUCCCGGCGCGCUCGGCACGAGACACCACCCCCAUGAGCAGAUCGUUCCGGCGACGCAACCCAAGCCCUCCGGUGACAAUAAGCGUCGCACCGUACAAGUCGAAUACGUUGAGCCUCAGCAGCAGACGCAGAGGGGAUCAGCUGUCGAUCCGGAUGUCGCAUCCAAGAGGACCGAGGAAGCCAAUGACGCUGCGCCUCCGCCAGUGGUCGCCACCCACAAGGAGCACAAGGAUGGAAGCAUCUCUCGCGCUGCCACCACGGCUGGAACCACCCGUGAACGCACGUAUCGCGACGCCCGGGAAUCUCGUGGUGCGCCCAAAGAGGGACCGAGAGCACCGAUGCCAGAUGCGAAGGGAAGGCGCCCGGUCUCGUACCAACAGUCGACCAGCGCGUCCCGAGCUUCUGCUGCUGCUGCUGCUGCGGCGGCGGCGGCCACUGCUUCUGACGGACCUUCAUCUAACCCUCCAACAAGACGGCCGAGCAAGGACAGGACUGGACCUCCGGUGGCUGGCAAGCCCGUGACGGCCCCGAACAGUUCCGGAAAGGACAAUUCUUCAGGUACGAACACCACUGCCAAUCCCCCGCGGUCGGAUUUUUUGCCCUCGCGAGGGGGUAGUUACUCUUUACCGGCGGCACCGAGCGUGGCUGCUAACAAUGUCCAAGGGAGGAUUGCGAUGCCAUCUAGCGGAAACCCUUACAUCAGUGCCCCGAUCCUGCAGGGUGACAGCCUUAACCCGGAUCUCGCCGCAAACCGUCCCGCCACCCAGCCGGAACAACAGCUACCGAAGGGCCACAAGCGCGCGAACACGGUCGGUGGAGCCGCUGGCGAUUCGAACCGGUUCCUUGGCAAGAUUAUUGGAAAUUCCGAGAGGCCUACGGAACCUGCUGCUAGACCUGCGGUCGUUGGCGGUACCCCUACUACCGACCCUAGGCAAUCGAUCGACCAGGGAGCGCGUAUGAAGAUGGAGAAGUCAGCAUCUGCGCCCAAGAGCCGCCGCUUCAGCCUCCUGCCCACCUCGUUCUCACUGAGGAGCAUGACCGGAGAGGGAAAGCACGAGCGCAAGCUCUCGAGGACCAACUCCAGGCAGUACAACUCUGCUGCACAGAACCAACAGCAGUCACCUCAAGUGCAGAGCCAGCCUCAGCUUGGUGCCUCUCAUCACCACAGUAACGAUACCGAGAGCGCCAUGACGGGAUCCGACACCUCUCUGGCUGCUGGAUCCGCGCCUGCUUCCGCGUUCGGUCGUGCUAGUGCUGAUGUCGACUCGCCUAAUGCCCCGGCCCCCAACAAGAAGACCAUGCUCUCCAAGCAUAAGAGACUAGGAGACGCCUUCGAGGGUGAAUCCAGCAGUGGAGGACACGGCAGCAGUGGACCCGCGCGUCGCGUGAUGGACUUCUUUAGGAGACGAGGCACUGCGCGCAGCAAGGGAGAGAAGGCUUAGAUGCCGGCUUAUCUUUUCCACUUGACAUUUUCGACUGUAGAGCGCUCGGUCAUGAGUUUCGGCGAGAACACGACUAUUGGG